UAAAGCUUGUAGCGCAUCCUGCCGGGCAGCUCGAAGUGCUAUCAUAAAGGCGCGUCACAUGACUGCGACUGCGUACUCAUGCCGUAACAAGUUGAUCGUACUUCUGCGAAAACAGGUAGGCAGGCCGUCCUGACCCAACAGAGCUCGCAUUUCGUGCACAAGCAACAACUCAAACCUCGAGUCGCUUUCCAACUGCGCACGUUGCAAGCAGCGUUGCAAGAAGAUGUCGUCCAAUUGAAAGCCUCAGCAAACAAGCCAUAGUUGCUUCAGCUAUCUGCUUGUUAAGAAUGGCUCUGAACUGGAUGGUGUAAGCGGUUUCAACCUGCUGGGCGACUGUGCCGCAGCGAGUGAGCCACGCGAGCGAGUUAAGCACGCGCUUGGCGAAUGUCAGAUGCCAGCGAUGCACAGGGCCAAACACCCCGGGCAGCCGCCCUGUUCCGCGGCUAUUCCCUCAUGACAGCGGCUGGGGAGGUGCUCAGCCACGCCCGCGCCGCGCACAGCAGCCGCCUGGCGUCCAUGGCGCAGACCGCCCGCGUCGUGCACGCGCACAUGCGGGAACAGCACCAGCGCGCUUCUGCCACGCGACUGCAGUUCGGAGACGCUCGGGCCACCUCUACCCUGUCCGCCCUGACCGAGGUCACCUCUGUUCUGGAUGAGGAGGCGGCUGCAGCAGCGGUCGCCGGAGCUCGGAGGGAAGGCGGUGGCUGGGGGAGUGGGCAAACGUCCGCCGACGCCGUGGCAGGGCAUGACGGCGGAGAUCAGGCCGAAGGCGCAGGAAGCGACGGCAUGGGCAGUGCUGAUAUUGAGGAGCCAGGCUUCCCAGCAGACCCUUGGAGUGGCGAGGACGCUGAGGUAGACGCCCUCUCGGCCGCGUGCUCCCCGUCCGCAGCCGCCCCUGUCGCAGAGUCUGCGCCAGUCCCUGUCGGGUCAAGCGGCACGACUGGUGGCGGCGGCGGCGGCGGCGGCAUCGGCGAUGGGGCUGGCGGUGACGGCCACGACGCGGGCGGCGGCGCUGGCAGCCAUGUGGUGGGGGCGGCCGCUGUGUUGAUGGACGCGGCUUGUGCCGUAGGAGCCAGAUCUGGGCUCCUGCGGCGGCCAGCGUCGCGCUCAUCAAACGCGGCGGCGGGGACGAUGACGACCACGCAGGUGUCCAGCUCGUGGUGGGGAGCUGGUGGCGGCGGCGGCGGCGGCGGCGGCGGCGGCGGCGGCGGCGGCGGCGGCGGGAGCGCGCUCGAGCCGACACCGACACCGGCGGUGGCGUCCGGCGGCAGGACCGCUGGAGUGGCACGGCGCCGCAUGUCCUCGUGUGUGCCGGGCUCGGACGCCGCGCAGUUCCUUAACACCCCCUGGGCCUGGUCUGCAGGCGGCGGCGUCAGCAGUGGCGCCAGCGGCAGUGGUGGGGCCCCGGGCGCGGACCGGGCGGCGGGAGGUGCGCCGCCGUCACCGCUGCGCAAGCCAGGCGGCCGACGGGUUGGUGGCACCGCCGGAAGUGCCGACACGGCACACGAAACGGAAGGCUUCGGCGGGGACGGCAUGAGUCAAGCGGGAGGUUCACGGCUGCCGCGCCUGCGGCGGCGCAGUGCCCUGGCCGUGAUGGAUACGUCGUUCCUGGCGCACCUGCUGCCCGCUGCAGCGGCCGCUGUCGAUGAUGACCGUGACACUGGUCCACAGCAGGAUGUUGGCUACGGCUGGGGCGCCGCUGCCGGCGCGUCGCCGCCACCAGCAGGAGGAGGAGCUGUGGCGGCGGCGGCGGCGGAAGCCGCUGCCCUGCCUGCCCCAACCAGUGGCCGCCGCUACACGCCGCCCAUGCGGCUUCUGACCAACCCGCCAUCAACAUGGCAGCAGGCCGAGCAGCAGCCACAAUUGCAGGAGCAGCAGGUGCAGAAAGACUUCCGCCGUCAUGCAGCCGCCUCGCCCCAGGGGCGCUAUCAAAAAGCCUACAACAGCGGACAAAUGCCAGCCCCCGGCCAGCCUAGGCCGAUGGCUCACAGUUCGGGCAGCGGGUUGAGCAAUAGUCAGCAGGAUGACAGUUCGACGACCGCAGGACUUGCAACCCUGAGGGCCGCCCUUCUGAGUGCGGCAGGAGUUCGCGUGCAGCAACCGCCGCCGCCACUGUCACCCCUGCCCUCCAGCAGCGACUGUUCGGCCCUGCUGCCGUCGGCGCUGCCUGCACCUGCUCCCACCGGCGGCGCGCCUGCAGGUGCGCUCUCCUCCCCGCCACGCUCGCCGGGCGCUUCCGGCGCCUCAGCGGCAACGGGCCCAGCCGCCAGCAGCACCCCGCCCCUGCUGGCCGCUGCGCCCGUCGCAAUGAACCGACGUCGCCGCGGCAACGCGGCAGGUGGAGCCACCGACGCCGGUCCUGCCGCGGCUCCGCAGGCUGCUUGGCAGCCGCAGCUACCGCAGCAGCAGCAGCAACAGGUGGCCAACCUUGCGGCGCGGGCGUGGGCUACUGCGGCCGCGACGGGCGACAUGCCAGCGAUUGAGGCGCAACAGCUGGCCCAGUUGAAGGUUGCGGCCACGGAUAUCAGCGGGCCUGCUGCUGCUACACCUGCUACUGCUGCUGCUGCAGCAGCUCAAGCCGCGGCUGCGGACGCGCCAGCUCUCAGUCCAGCGCCGGCCAGCAAGCACCGCUUCCGGGCGCCGCCGCCCCGCACCCUGUCGCUGUCGCUGCUGUUGCCGGUCGGUGCACCGGACGCGGCGGGGGCGGCGGGCAGCAGCGCGCCAGGGCCCUCCAGCGGCGCCGCGGGGUCCAGCCCAGGCGCAGCCGCAGGCAGCAGCGCCGGUAGGGCGGCUGCAGCAGGGGACGUGGGCCGACUGCUGCUGCUGGCGCCCGAGUCUCCGUCCGCUGCGGCGCCAGCAGCGACGGCGCCGCACUCGCCGCUGGCGCGGCGGCGCCUCCUGGCUCCCAGCAGCAGCAGCGGACUGCCGGCAGUGCCGCCGCCGCCGAUGCAGCAGCAGGUGGCGGGCAUUGCUAGCCCAAUGGGCCGCAGCAGCCAAGUGGCUGCGGCGGCGAUGGCGGCUUGGGCGCCACCCGCCCUACCACCACCCAGCAGCAGCAGCCUGCCUUCCUCGCCACGAGUCAUCUUGCCGCUGUCUGCGAGCCCGAGCCCGCGCCCCGCUGCUGCGGACGCAACCCCCACUGCUGGCGGCCAGGCCUCCUGCAACUCCCGGGCCCAGCAGCAGCAGCAGCAGCAGCCGGUGCGCACGCUGUGGAACAGCAGCAGCGGCAGAAGCACAAACGCUGCCGCUGUAGCAGUGCAGGGCAGCAGCAGCAGCUUCACGGACGGCAUGGGGCCCGGCGGGUCCGCGCGCCGGACGCUCAUGUCCCCUUUGUCCUCCCCAGCUCUGGUGCCCGGUGGUGCUGGUGCUGCUGGUGCUUAUGGUGGCAAUGGUGGCGGCGGCGGGGACAAGAGCAUCGGUCCUGGGGCGUACACGUCGCCUCUGGGCUCGAGGAGCUUCGUGCCAGCGGCUCGGCUCAGUGGCAACAGCGCGACCGCCGGCAGCAGCGGUCCGGCAGGGCAGCCGGGCGGCGGCAUGCAGUCGUCACCACUGUUCACUGCUCCGGCGCCGCCCUCUCCCAGCAGCCGCAGCGGGCCGCUCCUGCGCCCCUCCGCCGCCUCUGACCGAGCCGCAAGCGCUGCAGCUGCGCUGGAGGCGAUGUUGGCGCAGCAACAGGAGACGGCGGCGGCGGCGCUAAUGGCAGCGGAUGUCGCGCCGGAGGCGGCGGGGGCGGUGGCCACGGCAGCAGGGGACACCGUACCGGUGUUGGCCUCAUGCGCUGCUGUGGCCACCACCGCACCCAGCGCGCCAACCACCGCAGCUUUCAUAGAAGCGGAAGAGCAGCAUGCUUCCCACGCCGCCGCCGGUGGUAUCCCGGUUCGGUUGGGAGCGGUCCAGCCCCCGGUGCGCGAAACGCCCGCCGCAGCAGAUGCGGUCGCGCUACAGCCGGACGCCCUAGCUACUGCUGCUGAUGCUGCUACUGCCGGCAAGGGCACCGCAGCCGACGGCAACUUGACCAUGCUACUGCCGACGCCACGCACGUGGCCGCCGACACGCGAGGCAGCCGCCGGGGAAAGCGGCGACCGCGGCGCGCAGCUGCCUGUCGCUGGCAGUAGCAAUUGCAGUAGCAGUAGCUCGUCACAUCUCUUGUCUGGCGCUACUGGCGCCGCCGUGUCGCUUGCAAAACCGCAAAUCGGUUUCCUGUUGGGGCUGCAGGCGCAGGCGCAGUUGCAGGCGCCGCUCCUACAACCGCAUCCACCGCUGCUACAGCCGCUCCAGCAGCGGGCGGCUGCGGCAGACGACGCAAGGAACGCAACGCUUCGCCCGCAGCAGCAGCCGGCCGUGCCGGCGCCGGAGCUACAACAGCCGCUGGCGUCCGCAGCACGCUACGGACAUUUGGUGGCACUGGCUGCCGGUGAUGUUGGGGCCGCCGCGGCGACGGGACACAGCAGUGCCGUUGAGGCCGCCGCCGCUGGUGCAGCUGUGGAUGACUUCAUGAUUGUGACCGACACAGACAGUGAUGUGGAUGUGGAUGAAAAGAUUGGCAUGGGUGGUGAGGCCGGUGGUGGUGGUUCGGCAGCUGCUGCCACGAGCGCCCAAUCGACUUCCGAACGCCCCAAGCGGCCUUCCAGUGUGUUGCACAGCACAAUCACUUACUAAGCCUGCGUGUGCCUGACCCAAAUGGAAUUGAGCCACGAAAGAAAGGACUCCGGAGCAAAGAGCACAUGGGGGCAUGAGCUAAAGCCGCAUGCACACGGGACAUUGUUGCAUGAUUAUUUCGGCUGUAUGACACCGUAUGCUAUCGUACGCGCGUGCAUGAGCUCUGUGUAUUGCAAUGCUAGCUGUUUGGGUACGAAGUGUGCACCGCGUUCGUCAUGUUAUGAUAUUGACAUAAUGCAGCAAUAGUGAUAAUGUGCAAAGCAGAAGCACGUGCAGAAGGAGCAUAAGCAGAACGAUAGAAAGAGGGGUCUAGGACUAGGGGGUCUGGUGCCACGCAUUUGGGUUGCUUUUGGGCCAAUGCCAACACACGUCGAGGGGGUGAGUUUGCAAACUGGUGUGGAACCGGCAGUCAAUAGUACAUUGGUGUGCUUACAUCGCUGCUGUGAUUCCUGUUUCCAACUGUUGCUGAGCUUGUUUCCAAAGAGGUUGAAUGACAAGUCGAUCGCCAGUAGGCUGCGGGUCAAAGUCAGCAGUAGCGGUGUGCAUGUGCGUAGCUAAGGGCGCGAGCAAGGCCACGCGUAGGAGGACAGCGCGGUGCAGGGGAGGGGGGUAUGCAACUCGGCCUGGAUCCAGCCCGGGCUGCAUGGGACCCGGCCAAAAGGUGUUCGGACCCCCCAGCGCCUGCGCCUGAGACUUCAUUAUUGUUACCCUCCCCUGGCGCGGUGUCGCCCAAGAAGCGGCGCCGGCGCGCAGGUUAAGGCCGGCCGGUGUCUGGUUUGCUAUAUUUGCUGGCGAGCAUAAGCGUGACACGGCCUGCUGUGCUUGUGUGUGCUUGGCAGUGGGACGUGGCUGGACGCAUGGCGGGCCGUGCCUGUACAGCCCCGGCUAAGUCCGGGAGAUGAGGUAGAGGUAGACGCUUGGCCGCAGGCCUCAGACUGGAGACAUGGCGUGAGCUCAGCCCACUCUUCCUUGCGAGGGAAAACCACCUUUCUUGUCAAAGAGGUUGACUAGAAACAUCUGUGUCGGGCUUUGUCGUAAUUUUCUGCCCUUGCCUGUGCAGCUGGUCCGGGAGUGUCGGGGCCUGUUCGGGCCUCCGAUGUGAGAAGCUUUAUGGCUAUUUGGGCUUCAAGCUAGUGAAAGUCUCGCUGAAUGAGAUUGACGAGAAAGCUGCUAGCAGAAGGGCCGUUAUCCCGAGCGGGUUUCCCCUGUUUCCGCGGGCGCCGGUGGGCGCCUUCCGACAAUUGCCAUA